AUGGCAGUGGAGGCGAUGUGCCAGGUUGCAGGUCUGCAGCUGGAAGAUUGUCCUGGAGUGGAGCUUCGCGAUUUCAACUUCAUCAAGGCUCUUGACAUGGACGCGGGGAGAAAGUCAAUGGUGGAGAUCUUCACCGGGAUACAAUCGAUGAUCAUUUUCAGCGUGACUAGCUCCGAAAAAUGGUGGAAAUUUCGUGUGCUCUCGGUUGACAGUGAUUCCCAGGCGACCAUACAUAUGAACGCGGCCGUGCGCCUAGCAGAAACAACCUCGCCGCGGAUUAGUCGAACCAUCAAGCUUGAUAGAUCAACCAUGCAGCAAGAUGCGGUCCGUGUCUGGUACGACAAGUUCACCCGAGAAGGGCUCAACUGGGGUCCCAGGUUCGCGGUCAUGGAGGAGGUCUUCCGCGACCGUGCGCGUGCGGCGCACGUAGCGGCGGCCACCACACACCUUCAGCGUGGUGAACCCUUCGGUCGAUACAUCGCACAUCCAAUCUCCAUCGAUGCAAUGCUGCAGACGGCCUACGUUGCAACCACUGCCGGCUGGGUGAGUAAGCUCCGAGCGACGGUCCCCGUUGCGAUGGAUUCAGUCUACGUAGCGCCUCCGUCGGGCCUCUACAUGGAUACCGACAGACCAUGGUGCAUUGACACCAAGUCAGAGAGUGUGGGAUUUGGCACGAUGAAAAUUGAUGCAGAGCUGUUCGACUCGUCUGGCCAAGUCUUGAGCUGCAGGUCUCGAGAAUCGGCUGAUGAGAGCGUGCUGCGCCUGGCUGGUGCACUGAAUUUGGCCUGUCACCAGCGGUGUAACAGCAACAUCCUCGAACUCGGCAGUCAAAGCCAAAUAGCGGAAGCUGUCCGUGGGCUCCUACGUGUUGGCUCCUCGUUCAGAAGGUAUGACACCUACUAUCGUGGGUUCCUUGCAGACUCUGAUCUGGUUGGUAAGGAGGUUUUUUCAGUAACUGCAGAAGAGCAGAACUCGGUGUGUUCAGCGAGGAUCCCCCCAGACAAGAAGUUUGAUAUAAUCCUAGUCCCCUCGGUUGAUUACUGGACGCCGGCCCUUUGCAGUAGGCUCACACCGGGAGCAACCGUCAUCACGGUAGGGGAUGCACCAAGUGUCAUCAAAGGAACUGCUCCCUCUCUUGUGACAGUCGCGGGUACAAGCGGCCUUGCGAGGAAGCCAAAGGCGGAUAAACCCCCGAUAAUCGUGGUGACCCGAUAUGACAAGGCUACACCCCUGGACCUACAGCUUCAAAAGACCCUACAAGAACAUUUCAGAUCCGUCGUCAACAUCGUUGGCUUGUCCCAGGUCAGCCCCGCGACCGUGCCGGACCGAUCAUUCGUUGUAUCCACCUUAGAGCAGCAGCAGCCUCUGCUGACCACGAUCAACGAGCAUGAACUGGCACAGCUCCAGAGUAUAACCGAUCGCGUAGCGAAGAUCGUGUGGAUUGUCCACGGCGGCUUCAUUGGGGGAGAAAAGCCCGACUUUGCGCCCGUUCUGGGACUCUCGCGUGCGCUCAUGCUCGAACAGCCUUCACUCCAAUUCGCGGUUCUCGACGUGGACGACGAGAGAUCAUCAGCCUCAUCUGCUGCUGCCGCUGAUACUCUUCGGAACAUUGUCCACGUGCUGGACCGACUGAUCCACGACCCAGAGCCAGACUUCGAAUUCGCGCAACGGAACGGCAACAGGGAAACCGUUGAUCUUCCUCUCGCAACUGCUCGACGUUGCAAAUUCGGUAUCAAGGACCCGGGGCAGAUAGAUUCGAUCCACUUUGUGCAGGAGGAGCAUCAUCCAACGGCCUUGCAGCCGGACGAUGUGAAAAUCAGCGUGAAAAGCGUCGGUAUGAACGCCAAGGAUCUAUACGCUAUCAGUGAUGCCUCAUGCUCGUGCGAAUGUGCCGGUGUUGUGACGGCGGCGGGCGACAAUGUUUCCGAGUUCAAGGCUGGGGAUCGUGUCGUUGCAAUGGCCCCCGGCCAUUUUGCAACCGUCGAGCGCUUUCCACACUGGGCGGUGUCGAAAUUGCGCGACGAGGAGGAUUUCACGACGACCUCCACUAUUCCAAUUGUUUUCUCAACGGUCAUUUAUGCACUGAAGCAUCGGGCGAAUCUGCAGCCAGGGGAGACUGUUCUCAUUCAUUCCGCUGCCGGAGGAGUUGGUCUUGCGGCUAUCCAAUAUGCGAAGCAUCUCGGAGCAAAGAUUUUCGCCACGGUCGGGACUGAAUCUAAGAAGUGGUUUUUGGUUGAGAAGUACGGUCUGGACCCCGCGCAUAUUUUCAGCUCGCGAAACUCCUCCUUCCUGCCUGCCAUCAUGGAAGCGACGUCUGGACAGGGAGUGGACGUGGUCUUGAACUCUCUCACCGGGGAUCUCCUGCGCAGCAGCUUCGAAGCCUGUGCCGACUUUGGCCGCUUCGUCGAAAUCGGAAAACGUGACAUCCUCGACCAUGGGAUCCUGGACAUGUCCACGUUUGGCCGCAACGUCUCCUUCAUGGCCUUCGACCUGUCCAACCUCUAUCUCCCCACUAAGCCCACCCAUCAUCAACUCUGGAAAGUCCUCUUGACGGAGAGUCUGGAUUUCGUGCGAUCCAAGAUCUGCGAGCCUUGCUUCCCAAUCAAGACCUUCGAUGCGUCGGAUAUCACCGAUGCGUUCAGGCACUUCUCGCUGGGCACGCGACUGGGAAAGGUGACCGUAUCGUUCCAAGACCCGAACACCAAGAUCAAGGUGAUUCCAACCAAAUACGAAACAGCCUUCAGUGCCCACAAGUGCUAUCUCAUGAUCGGGUGCCUGGGCGGGCUCGGUCGCAGUCUGUCCAAGUGGAUGAUAUCGAGCGGGGCCCGCCGGUUCAUCUUCAUGGGUCGAUCCGGCACCGAUAAGCCCGAGGCACAGGGCAUGGUCGACGAUCUCCGGGCUCAAGGCGCCCACGUCACCGUGAUCCGGGGCGAUGUGUGCCGGUACGAGGAUGUGGAACGCGCCGUCGCCGCGGCAGCGGAUUAUCCCAUCGGGGGCGUCAUCCAGGACUCCAUGGCGCUCAGCGAGGCUCUCUGGAGCGAAAUGUCGCACCGCGCAUGGCAUACGACCCUGGGGCCCAAAGUGCGGGGCACCUGGAAUCUGCACCGUGCGCUGUCAUACCAGCCCCCCUCCGAGCUGGACUUCUUCGUCAUGACCUCCUCCAUCUCAGGCACGGUGGGCACGGCGACCGAAAGCAACUACUGCGCGGCCAAUGCCUUUCUGGACGCGUUCGCGCGGUACCGCAACCGCCUCGGGCUGCCGGCCAUCUCGAUCGACUACGGCAUGAUCUCGGAAGUCGGGUACCUGCACGAACACCCGGACAUCGAAGCCCUUAUGCAGCGCAAGGGCAUCCACCCCAUUAAGGAAGAUGAGCUUCUCCAGAUCAUGAACCUGGCGCUCGGGAAUCAGGAGCCGUGCACGUGGGACGCCCGGUACGACCAUCUGGCAGGUAGCCACCUCCUCACUGACGUCGAGUUCAUCGGUCUGCACGAGCAGCGCGACCGCGGCUUCGAGGGCGACAACCAUGUCUUCGCCGAUCCUCGCGCGGCACUGUUCACCGCAUCCUUUGCCCGCCGCCGCGCCGCGGCCGAGAGACAGCACAGCACCACCACCGCAGCGCAGCAUCUCCCCGCGGACAUCGCGCGUGCCGUGCUGCUGCGUCGCGACCAGCGGGAUCCCGGGGCUCUUCUACCUGCCCUGCGCGCGGUGGUGUCGAAGAAGAUAUCCAAGAGUGGUAAUAUUUCAACAACAUUGAAGAAGACUUAA